CGGCUGCAAAUCCAACCUCAUUAACUCAGGAGUGCUCAGAGGGACCCGAAAAUGACUGCCCAAACCCCCCCUGAGCCCCCCAGGUGCUGCUGCUUCAACAUCAAGACAGCGACAGUGGCCCUGGGGAUCUUCCACAUGGUCAUGAGCAUCCUGCUGCUGAUCGAGUAUUCCCUGGAGGUGGCCAACGGGAAGGGCUUCUGCAAAGACCUGGACAAGGAUUACUACAGAAUUGCUGAUAUCGCCACCAGUUUCCUGCUGAUCCUCAUGUUGUUUGUCAUCAGCUUCCAUCUCCUGCUCGGGGUGCUCAAGAAGAGGGAGCGGUUCCUGAUCCCCUUCCUGGCUCUGCAAGUCAUCGAUUUCCUCCUGAGCCUCCUGACCAUGUUCAGCUCCUACAUCCAGGUGCCAGCGAUCAUCUCCGUGUCCUCCCUGGGCCACACGCAGGGCCACGCCAGGACUCCCCUGCUGGCGCUGCAGCUGCUGGAUUUCUGCCUGAGCAUCCUCACCCUGUGCAGCUCCUACAUGGAGGUGCCCACCUACCUCAGCCUCAAGCCUCUGGACAGUGGGGGCACUUUGCCAGCCCUGGAGAAGCUGCCAGCAGAGGAAUACGCCAAGGUGAUGAUCACUUUCACCAUCGCCUUCGUGGCUGUGCUCAUCCUCAAGGCCUACAUGUUCAAGUGUGUCCUGAGCUGCUUUAAGUUCAUCAAAGCCAGCAGGAGGGACGAGGAGAAAGUGGAGCCACACGCAGUGGAGAAGGCCGUGCUGCCGUCCUAUGAGGAAGCCCUGGAGCUGCCUUCCAAGGAUUGCCCCCCUCCCUACGUGACCAUCUGAGCCCAGCCUGGGGGAGAGCUGGCUCUGGGUGCUGCUGGUGCCUCUCCCCCCGCAGAGCCCCAGUCCCCACCCAGAGCAGCUCCCAGCUUUUUCCAGCCACAUCCGGCCAGGGAACUGCCGGAGCCUCGUCCCGCUCCGGCACCUCCAUUUCCUGACCCUGGCACCCCAACUUCCUGACCCUGGUACCUCCAUUUCCUGACUCUGGCACUUCAAUUUCCUGACCCUGGUACCUCAAUUUCCUGACCCUGGCACCCCAAUUUCUUGACUCUGGCACCCCAAUUUCCUGACCCUGGCACCUCCAUUUCCUGACCGUGGCACCCCAGUUUCCUGACUCUAGCACCCCAAUUUCCUGGCCCUGGCACCUCCAUUUCCUGAUUCUGGCACGUCCAUUUCCUGACCCUGGCAAUCCAACUUCCUGACCCUGGCAAUCCAAUUUCCUCACUCUGGCACCCCAAUUUCCUGACCCUGGCACCUCCAUUUCCUGACCCUGGCACCCCAAGUUCCUCACCCUGGCACCUCCAUUUCCUGACCCUGGCACCCCAAGUUCCUCACUCUGGCACCUCCAUUUCCUGACCCUGGCACGUCAAUUUCCUCACCCUGGCACCUCAAUUUCCUGACUCUGGCACUCCAGUUUCCUGACUCUGGCACCUCCAUUUCCUGACCCUGGCACCCCAAUUUCCUGACCCUGGCACCUCCAUUUCCUGACUCUGGUACCUCCAUUUCCUGACCCUGGCAAUCCAAUUUCCUGACCCUGGCACCUCCAUUUCCUGACUCUGGCACCUCCAUUUCCUCACCCUGGCAACCCAAUUUCUUGACUCUGGCACCCCAAGUUCCUGACUCUGGCACCUCAAUUUCCUCAUCCUGGUACCCCCGUUUCCUGACCCUGGCACCUCCAUUUCCUGACCGUGGCACCCCAGUUUCCUGACUCUGGCACCUCCAUUUCCUGACCCUGGCAAUCCAAUUUCCUGACUCUAGUACCCCAGUUUCCUGACCCGGGCACCUCAAUUUCCUGAUUCUGGCACGUCCAUUUCCUGACCCUGGCACCCCAGUUUCGUGGCCCUGGCACCCCAAGUUCCUGACCCUGGCUCUGGUUGCCAUCCCUGGAAUCUGGGAUUUGGCUGCUGUGGGUGCAGGGCUGGCCUGAGCCCUGCCAGCUUUGCUCCGUGCCACGAGGGUGGUGGUUCUCCUCUGGCUCAGCACUCUGACCUGUAGGGAUUAAGGGAUUGCCCUGGUUUAGGGCAAUUCUGCGAGGAAAACUUGUAAAGGGCUUUCUUCUAGAAAAGCAAAUUCAAGUGGUUCCUCCCCUAACUGGUUUGAGAAAAGCAUUUCCUUGGAGAAAAGUGGAAAAAAAAUGUGUAUUUAAUAGGCAAAGCAUUCACCAGCACAAAAAAUGAACAGUGUUAAACAAUAAAACCUCUCGCUGUUCUGAAGAGAUGGCAAACUCAGAAAGUCCCUCCGUGGGCUGUAGGUCAGCCCACUCAGUCUCUUAUCAGUCCCUUAUCAGUCUCUUAUCAGCCCCUCUGGUGAAAAUGGAAAUGUUCCAUGGGACAUGGAAACCCCAUCUCAAACUAUGACAGGGACGAACAGGGAAGGAAUUUUCUCAGGGAUAACCCAGCCCUGCAGCUCGGCCAGCAGAAUUCCCACAGCAAAGGGAGCAGGCAAAAAUCCCUGGGAACUGCAGCCCUCACCCUGUCUGCUUGUGGUGAUUGACAGCCCCCCAGAAUAUCCAGCUCUGCCUUUUCAUACCUGAGUGGGUGCACUUUUCUGUGCUGUUAUGUCACUUGGAAGACAAGUUUCAAUUAAAAUAAAAAUGUUAAUGGCUUCCAAACUGUGAGCCUGGUUUCUGAGGGUGUCUGAUUGCUGAGUGAAGGAAGAAAUAAUUUGAUUUCUGAAAGAAAUUAGCGAGCAGAAAAUGGUGCUU